ACAGCUACAGGUGUUCUGUCUCUCCUGUAAUGCUAGUUUUUCCUUGUGGAGUUUCUUUCCUGCAACACAGGCACACAGGACGGAGUAAUCGUUUAAGUGGUACGCUGCAACAGGGUGGUUCUUUCGUCAAGGCUGGUUCCAACAGUCCCGUCACCGUCCGUCCCCAUCUGCGUUCAGCACUCUUCUAGCAGUCGAAGCGGCUGCCAGGAAACGUGUGUUCUCUGUCGGCGACACCAUGAAAUGCUGCGUACUAGGCUGCAGUAGUCGUAGCGAUGCCAAAGGUCCUGAUACUUCAUUCCAUCGGUUUCCAAAACAGCCUGGCCUGAGGAAACUGUGGAUUGAGGCGCUACGUCGUCCAGAGGGCUGGUGUCCAUCCAAAUGGAGCGUUGUUUGCUGCCUGCACUUUAGUGCUGAAGAUUUCAAGGAUGAUGUCACAGGCAUGCGAAGACUCAACAGAAGUGCCAUACCGAUGCUAUCCAGGAGACUGAAACUAGGGGAAGCAAGUGACACAGCAGGCCUUUCUGGUAUCGCUGCCAAAACUGCUGCUCCUGCUAAAAAUGAAGUGACGGUAUUCGUGCUGCCUGUGGACCCACGAGAUGUGCAAACAGAAGAGGCUGGUAUACUCGAGAGGGCUGGAGCCACGUCUUCAGGACAGAGUACAGCUGAACAAAGCAGUUCUGAAGCUGCUGUGUCCUGUUCUGAGCGCCCACACAAUGGAAAACCUGUGCAUCCAUCCUUACAUACCAUAGAGAUUGUAUAUACACCUGAAAGCAGCAGGGAAAGGGAGCAUACUGUCACGCCUCUACAAAAAACUCUUGAGGAACUUCUACGUCAAGAGGUACAACGGUAUGCAGCCAUUAAUGCUGCAAACAAGAAGAAAAUUAAACUUCUCCAGCAAUCCCAACGGCGCCUGAAACGCAGAGUAGCUGACCUUGAAAAUGAAAUCAAGAGCCUUGCACAAGAACAUGAUGUUGUGAUGAAAGUUCUGAAACAAUGAAAAGUUUUGCUGUCCGUAGAGAAGACCUGUUGAUGUGCUGGCUCGCACACACGUACUAUCGCGCUCAGUAUGAGCUACACCACGCGAGCGCGUGGCCGAGUGCUCUGCAAGGUUGUACAGUGGCGCCGAUUGUGCCGUGUUUUCGAGCUAUCUGGAGAGGGUGUAGCUAUUCCAGCAAGCGCGCUGGAACCCUCGUCCCCGCUUAUCUGGAGGACACCUUAUCUGUUUCUUGUUCACUUUGAUUUCGCUGAAGCAGAAACUGCAAGAUCAUGCAGCGUUUCUGCCACCGACCAGACGUGGCGUGUGAAGGUUAUCAAAGACAGCGCUUUUUUUGUCCAAGGAGGCCUGUGCGUUUAGACAUGAUUUUAGCACUGAUAAUGCGCCUCAGCGUCCAGCGUAAAGGCGGAAGCAGCCACGACGUGGGCCAUGCAUUGUUUUCGACAGAGUGUUAGCAUAGCCCCGGUACUAAUGCGGCAACGCGUUGCCAUUGCUGCCACCACCGUUCUUUGUACUAUAGCAACAUUUCACAUUUGGCCGGAGCAGCCUACUUUGUUGAUUUGCCGCAACUCCUGGGGCCGUGCGUCGUUUUCAUAAACUUACCACCGUGCGUGAUGGCUCCAGAACACACCACACCUUCUUAAGAUGCAUUAAAUGGUUCCGAAAUUUUAGAGUGCACUAUCACUAUGGCCCCAAACCCCGAUUUCGCCGAUCAUUACCGGUAUUACCAGUAUACACUAAUUUCCAGUCAGCUCAUCCAGAGUAUACUUUUCCUAGAUACAUAAACGCAAGGUGAUAUGCAGGUUAUUUUUGUCUAGGGUACUUAAUUGCCUUUCCGAAAAGUCGUGUGGUGUGGUUUGGUUUAUGGGGUUUAACGUCCCAAAGCGACUCAGGCUGAGAGAUGCCGUAGUCAAGAGCUCCGGAAAUUUCGACCACCUGGGGUUCUUUAACGUGCACUGACAUGAAAGAGUCAUGUGAUCAGUCAAAGAUAUAUUCAGCCCGAAUAAAAAAAAAGAUUGGUUCGCACUAAGACAGCUUGCGUGCUGUAAAUGCUAAAACGAGAUGAAUUAAGAAGUCGAUCACUGUUGGGCACCCGGGACAUUUUGCGAGCUGACGAACGUAUUCCUUUUUAUCAAUCUGACACACCAGAUAACACCCACUGUGCGGACCGACGCGGGCCCGAUUAGGAAGUUUGGGCGUCCACCUACGGCUACAGUUAUCAUUUUCGAAACAGAUAUCAACACCAGUCUAAACGAGGGUAAAGGGGAAAGCAAGCAAGUGGAGGUGAUGUGAGCUUGCUGGAACAGUUACACCCUCUCCAGAUAGCUCGAAAACACGCCACUAUCGGGGCUACUGUACGACCAGACCGAGCGCACGACCAUGCGCUCGCGCGGUGUAGCUCAUACUGAGCGCGAUAGUACAUUGAACAUACCAGUUCGUUAUGAAAGUCAGCUUUAUUUAUUUAUUUGUUUAUUUAUUUAUGUAAUACAUCCUGCUGACCGCCAUGUGGUCCAAGCAGGACAGGCGCGUGUGACGAAAUGCAAAUAAGUACAAUGUACAGUUCGGUAGAUGACAGUACUGCAUUGCACAUGACAGAAUAAAAAAGGUUCCAAUCGACAUCAAAAGGGAAGACAAGCGUUGACCUACAACUGAGUUUACUGGAAGAACAAAACUGUCCCUUUCUUACCUUGUGUCCCAUCUUGUCGAGCAGUUUGUAUCAAUGCAUCUGCUCCAGCUUUCCCAGCUAUCGACAUUAUUAAAGAAAGUUUAGAUGGUUUUUUGUUCUUUGUA